AUGAAAGGUGAUGUCUGGAGUGCUGGUGUUUGCCUUUAUUAUAUGCUUUAUUAAUGUUUUCCCUUCUAUGCUGAUAAUGUUGAUUAGUUAUAUGAUAAUGUCAUGAGAAAAUAAUUAGAUCUUAAUCCUAAUCUAAAUGUAAAAAGAUCAGAGGCUGUAAAAGAUUUAUUAAAACACAUGCUUGAAAAAGAUGAGAAUAAAAGAUAUGAUUGGAAUUAAGUAGCAUAGCAUGUUUGUAUUUCUGGCAAGAAUAAUAAUUAAAAUCCUUUAAUAAAUAGUGUGAAUACUAAUUAAAUUAUUAAUAUAAAAUUUAAUUAAUAAGAAGAAGAUGAUAAUGAUGAAGACGAUAAUUAAGAUGAUGAUUGA